AUGACACUCAAUCAUGCAAACGUCGAGAUGAUCCCUGGAACAGAGAUCAUCAGCUAUGAUGCCUCAGCGAAGCAAACCCUGGUUCCAGUACCCUCUUCUGAUCCGCGUGACCCUCUGAAUUGGGGUCGGAAAUGGAAAUUUAUGGUCAUGGCUUCCCAGUGGCUCUUCACUUGGAUUGCUGUGACAGGUGAACUGUCGAUUGCACAGAUGUUUCCCUUGCUGGGCAAGGAAUAUCUAUCGCAGUAG